AUGGCCUGCCCAAAGUCAAUAGUCGAGAAAACAGCCGUGGAAUCGGAGGGGACGAUUUCAGCAGAAGGCACCACAUAUGGAGUCGGCGAGGUCAGGAGUCUCAAAGCAGGAUCGCAGAACUUGCACCGAAAGCUUCGCAGUAAGGAGGUACAGCUCUUUGCGAUUGGAGGCGCAAUUGGGACUUCUACCUUCGUGCAGAUGGGAAGUGCGCUUCCGAAAGGUGGUCCUGCGGGCUUAUUCCUUGGCUUUAUGAUUUGGGGAGCGAUCAUGGUUGCUGUUAACGAGUGUUUCGCUGAGAUGGUAUGCUACGUACCUAUUUCGUCUCCCUUCAUCAGACUCGGCGGACACUGGGUCGAUGAUGCGUUGAGCUUUGCUAUGGGAUGGAAUUUCUUCCUUAAUAUGGCUUUCCUGGUUCCAUUCGAAAUAGUAGCUUUCAACAUUCUCCUCACGUUCUGGACGGAUAAAGUCCCCGUCGAAGCGGUUGUCAUGGCUAUGAUUGUGGCCUAUGCUCUCCUUAACCUGAUAUCCGUCCGUUAUUUCGGUAUUGCGGAAUUCUACCUCUCGAUAUUCAAAGUCUUUCUCAUCCUGGGCUGUAUACUCUUCACGUUCAUAACGAUGCUGGGCGGAAAUCCGCUGCAUGACAGAUAUGGGUUUCGGUAUUGGAGGGAUCCGGCAACUUUCUCAAUAUGUGGACCCGAAUACGUUGCCAUCGUCGCCGGUGAAACCGAACAACCGCGGAAGGUUUUGCCCAGAGCUUUCAGAUCAUUUGUAUGGCGUAUCCUGACGUUCUUCUGUGGAUCGGCCCUUUGCAUGGGAAUCGUUAUCCCGUAUAAUGAUAAGACACUGGCGUUGAGACUGGACGAGGGAAGCAGUACUGGUGCAGCCUCCCCCUACGUGAUUGCGAUGGAGAAUCUCAAGAUUAGCGGUCUCCCUCACAUCGUCAACGCCCUAAUUAUGACUUCUGUAUUCAGCUCCGGAAACGGUCUACUAUACUCCGCUACCAGAACGCUCUACGGCAUCUCUCUCGAAGGAAAAGCGCCCAAGAUAUUCUCUCGCUGCACCCGCUUUGGAGUCCCCAUAUAUGCAGUCAUGGUUGGAUUGGCAUUCUGCCUCCUCGGCUUUCUACAAAUUAGCAAUUCCUCCGCGAAAGUCCUCGGCUGGCUUGUCGACCUCGUCACUGCCUGCCAACUGCUAAAUUACAUGUCUGUCGGUAUCACCUAUCUACACUUCCACGCCGCUCUACAAAAGCAGGGUAUCGAUCGAAACACUCUCCCCUAUAAGGGAAAGUUCCAACCAUAUGCAGCCUAUGUCUCCGUGGUCGGGACGGUAGUCAUGAUGCUAGUCUCUGGAUACUAUUUAUUCAUGAAUGGCGGAUGGGAUACGCGAUCUUUCUUCCUUACGUAUACUAUCAUUGGUGCUUUUGUUUUGGCAUUCGUCCUGUGGAAAUUUGUGCAGCGGACGACUUAUAUUCGUCCGGGAAUGGCGGAUCUGCAGGUUGGAGGGCUGAAGAAGGAGAUCGAUGAGUAUGAAGAGCAGUAUAUCGCUAGGCCGAAGUCGAAGAUGACUUUUCUGGAUCGGCUGUUUUGA